AUGGCAAGUGGAUACUCGCAGGAGCUAAUAACGCCGCAGUCGAUGCGGAACCAUCCACAGUGGGAAUUGGAGAGCGUCUUUGAGCAAUCACCAACGAGGCAGUCCUAUUAUCCGGUGUCAACUAAAAGCCGUGCUGUAUUUAGCCUCAAGUACUUGCAUGAUGCAGAAAUGUGGACAGAUGACUUUCAGAGCACUGAAUCAGCAGACGCGCUGUUGGAACAGACGCGUUGGUUUGUGCAGGCGCGCGCGAACCUGCAGGUGUUGCGUGAGAGCUUCGCCCACACACCCAGUCGGGACAUGAGCCCUGAGCUGCUGGGCUUCCUCAUUCAAGUCAUGCAGCUGAGCGAAGGCUACGGCAAGGUGGCAUCACCAACAGCAUCCACCUACGACGAUUUAGAGGGAAGUCAAGUGACUAUGAUCAUUCCCUUCUCAUGGCUGAAACUUUUGGAGGUAAAAUCCCAAUACUAUCAGGCGCAAAUCAACCACAAACUCGCCAUUGUCCUCAUUUGCCUUGCUACCAAUGGAAAAAUGCCUGACGCUGGACCAUUUGAGGUGAAGCCCUUGCCGGUAGAGGGGCUCUUCUCAAACGACGGGUUUCUUGAUGCCGAAGUCGGCAGGCAACUAAACGAGCUCUUUGUGAUCCUGAGGCCCUACAUUAAACUGCAUCGGCAAACCCCGCGAGCUAGCCGUAGGCACCCCCAUCACCGACGUCGACGUUACCGGUCCAUUAUGAAUAACGACGCCCCACGUCCAGUGUCACGAAUUAAACGCACCCUCUCCAGCCUCUCUCUCAGUGGUUUGGGCCGAGGCAAGUCGCGUGCUUCCGAAGACCUCACCUACUUUAGCGACCGUUCGUCCUCGCUAAGCAUGCGCUCUGGAUACUCCUCAGACUCGGCCUUCUCCAUGCCAAAUUUGGCAGGGAUUGGAGGUGAUUUGGAGGGCGAACUGGUGGCCCCACCCUCCAACCGCAAAGACGCCCACCUCCUCGGCCGGGUCUGCCUGGCUGAGGCGCUGUCCUGGGCGCAGAUGGCUCUCCAGUCCAUUGAACAGUCCUCUGAUCUCAACCGCGAAGCAAAUUUGAAGGCCUUUGUUAGCAAAGAUGUGGACAUGUGGGCGGAACAACUGGAUCGCUUAACAAAGGGUAACAGCAACUCCAACACAGUUCCUGUCAAAAAACCACGCAAGAAAUGGUUGUUCGGAGCGAAGUCCUUCAACCGAUCCUCCUCGAAUGUGGACACCGCAAGUGUUAUCUCCACCACCUCCACUAUGAGUAAGAAGUCACUGAGCGCUGCCGCUGCUGCAAAAAAAGCCGAAGGAAAUCCUUGGUCGGCGCCCACCUUCCUACCUGCUGAAAUCGAGUUGCCUAAAAAUUUGAGUUACAAUGUGCUUAAGAGCGGGAAGAAUAUGUUAACAAAGGGCGAAGAUCCCUUCCGCGAUCUGGGACCCUUAAGGUACUUCAACGCGCAAAAGCGAUGGUCGCAGCCCUAUACGGUGCAGCUGGCUCGUGAUGAAAAAGUCGUUUAUGGCUUCAGCAUUCAAGGUACCGGCCCAGUGGAGAUCCUCGGUGUGGAUGCGGAUACUCCAGCCAGCGAAAAUGGAAUGCGCACCGGUGACCUCGUGGUGAGCAUCAACGGCAUGGAUGCGCGCUUCAUGACGCACAAUGAGGCGGUAGCGGCCAUCCGCUUCGGCGUUGAAGGCUACGACCGGGCAAUCCGAGCCCAAGCCGCAGCUGCUGCUGCCAACGAAGUUGGUGAAAAUGGGGAGGCCGCGGCCCCUGUCACCUUCCCUCUUGAAGUGGACGUUGUGAAACUCACUCUACUGCGCCCUAUCCCACCCGAACCAAAGCCUGUGUCUCGCAGACCCUCUAUCUACCUCGCCACGCCAGAUACGCCUGCACGUGAACCAAUUACCCCUAAGAUAACAGGAAAGGGUGGUGGUGGUGGUGAUGGCAGUAAUAGUGCAUGCAUGCAACAGCGUGUCCUCGUGGAGCACAUCGCCGUGGAAACCAAAGUCUCAAAUCCUAACUCAUGA